UUAUGAUCUUCACUGUAGAAGAUGUAUCACUAUGCAGGAACACUGCAUGCAUGUUUGCUUUUCAUUAAGAUUCUUUCAUUUGAAGGGGAGUCAGGGAGUUUGCUUAUGGUGGUAUAACUAUGCCAGUGAAUAUCAUUUAUACUUUUUCUCAUCCAAAGGAUUGAUUUAACUUUCCUAAAGAAAAUGAUCAGAUCGGAAGCUUUUUUCUGUAGCUCAGUGUGGCACUAGCAACACCGAGGUUAUGAUUCAGUUGCAAUUAACUGAUUAAAUAAAUCUUGAAUAAGAAACUUUGAAUAAAUUGUCUAAUGAAUGUAAAAUAUAAAUCUUUUUUUGCCAAUGAAUUUAAAAGGUGAAAAAAAAGAGGUCCUUCUGGAGUCCUGAUUAAAACACAAUUUCUUUUCUUUUCUUUUUUUUUUUUUUUUUGUGAAUCUGAAUAUAAAUGUAAAUGUACUGUAAGUUUCUUAGGGUACCCGAGGCUGCAUUUAUUAAAAAUAAUAAUAUUAAUAAUAAUUCCUAUGAUGUUGAAGCUUAAUUUUCUGCUGUCAUUACUCCAGUAUUCUGUUUUAUGAACCUUCAGAAAUCCUUCUCAAAAAACAUUGCUUAUUACUAUCAGUGUUUAAGACAGUUGAUUAAAAAGAAUCAGUUAUGCCAAGUCUUAAUGACAGUUACUGUAUGUUUGAUGUCUUUUAAUAUGUUUCAGUUGUUACUUUUUUCCUAAAUGACACUGUAAAUGAAUCACAUUAUUUCCACUGAAGUGAAAAUAAUAAAUAAAGUUAAACUGGCUCAACAGGUUUGAUUGGCUAUUGAAGAAGGACCGAUGAAAUAAAAUCCUUGUCAAUAAUAGCAGUCAAUGAUGUCGAGUUGGAGUGAGCGGGACUGGAAACAAGGAGCUGCGUACGUGCGCGCGCUGGUGAGAGUGGAGACGCCAGUGCUCGCGGUGUGGUAUGUUGAGGAUGCUGAAACCUACAAGGACUUUUCAUGAAUUGACAAGUACGUGUGCUGUUACCGCAUUUUAUCGCAUUCUCGUCGGUUUAACGCAAAUGAUGAACGCCAUGGUGGAGUUGGAACCUGUUGUUUGGAACUUUACGCUCAAAUUAGACAACAGCACGCGCGCUAAUGAGACAGUAGCAGGAUACCCGGCUGAUGAGUAUUAUAACAUUGUUCACGUCACGGAAACCAAAAUUCUUCCUGCAUUUAUUGGAUUUUUGUGUUCCACUGGGCUUGUUGGAAAUAUUCUUGUUUUGGUGACUAUUUUAAGAUCUGCCAAAAAGACAGUGCCAGAUGUGUAUGUGGGGAAUUUGGCUGUGGCCGACCUGGUCCACGUGACGGUCAUGCCGUUCCUUAUUCACCAGUGGGCGCGUGGAGGGCACUGGGUGUUUGGCAGCACGCUCUGCACCAUCAUCACUUCUCUUGAUAACUGCAACCAGGUGGCGUGCGCUGCAGUCAUGACCGCUAUGAGUCUGGACAGAUACCUGGCCCUUGUUCAUCCAUUUCGCCUGCUGAGUCUGAGGACCAGAUCCAGGACAAUCCGCAUUAACCUGUUUGUGUGGGCGGCCUCUUUCAUCAUGGUUCUACCUGCCUGGGUUCAUGCCAAAGUGAUCCGCUUCAGGGACGGGCUGGAAAGCUGUUCCCUUAACCUGGUCUCUCCCAAAGAAGUGCUCUGGUAUACACUCUACCAGACUGUGACCUCCUUCUUUCUGCCAUUACCUCUCAUUCUCAUCUGCUAUAUGCUGAUUCUCUGCUACACCUGGAGAAUGUAUCGCAAGAACAAAAAGGCUCACAGGUAUAACACCAGCCUGCCUCGAGAGCGUGUGGUCCGCCUCACUAAAAUGGUCCUGGUUCUUGUAGCCGUUUUCCUGGUCAGUGUUGGGCCAUACCACAUCCUGCAGCUGGUUAAUCUGAGCAUACCUCGCCCCUCCUUAGCGUACCACACCUGCUACUACCUGUCUGUGUGCCUGAGCUACGCCGCCAGCAGCAUUAACCCCUUCAUAUACAUUCUGCUGAGCGGACACUUCCGCCACAGGCUGGUCUGUCGAGAUACACCCAGCAUGCCAAGUGUGGAACGAGAAAUCCAGGCCCCUCGCUCCAGUUUUUAAGCUGAAUUCACACUGAAACGCACAUAGCACUGCAAUGAACAAAUCAUUGCACAAGCCUUUGUUGGUCUUAGGCAAAGCACGACUGUUUUGGAGAAAGAUUCCUGUUCUUUGUUUUCAUUUCUAAUUGUUUUGAAGUAUUUCAUAAAGAGCACAGAUUGUUUUAUAUGUGCAUGUAUUGCACCUUUUUUUCCACUAAGCGUUGUAAAUGUUUUGUUAUUUAUUGGUUAAUGUGGUGUUUUGGCUCCCUCUACUGUUUAGGUUUAGUAAUUCACUCUAGCAUGUGUAUUGUGCAUUACUUCAAUUGAUAAGGGUUGAGCAAAAAUCUCUACUCUGUCCAUAAGGCCUAUUAAUCGUAAAAAAAUUUUUAAACAAGGCUUUGUCGAGCUAACAUUCAAAGUUUGUUCUUACAAACUUCACUUUUCUUACUAAAAACUACAUUUGCAUUUAUUUUAGUCUUGACUUUUCAAUGACGUUUAUUACAAUUCUAUUUCCUAACAAUUUAAAUUUGAAUUGCAAUUAUGCGAUUCAAAUUGUGAGACUCAAAUGGCAUUCUCAGUUGAAAAGGCAUGUUCAAUUCUAUUCUGAUUGGCACACAACUCUGCCUUUAAUUGAAAUUGAAUGAAUGUUUGGGGCAUUUGGCAGUUUCAGACUGCAUUAAUUUGUGGUCUGCAGCGUUUAACACUGGAGUAAAUUAAAUAUAAUGAUAAUAAUAAAUAGCAACUGUGUUCAGGGCACAGAAUUAGAUCUCACUGUGAAUUUGUACUAUAAGUAUCUUUUUUUAUGCUUGAUUGUAUGUGACAUCUGAAAAUGUGAUAUGUUAUUAUCUUGUGAAUGUUAUAUUGUAUUAUCAACGGAUUUUAAAGGAAAAUUCAUCAUACCAGCAAAUGUAUUUAAAGGUUGUUUUGUACUGUACAGUAUGUAUUGAGGCAUGUUUUCGGUCAUCUUAUGUGAGUAAAUCACCAUUAUUACACUCAAGAGAAAUCAAUAUUGUUUGGGCAAAAAAAAAAAAAAUGCUGUCAUGCAGAAAUCCUUUAAGGGCAUUUUGUCUGGUGUGUACUGAACAUGAUGAAGUGGCUGGCAGCUCUGAAGAGUAAGGUCAUUGACCAGGCGGGCAGAGAUGCAGGGAUAUGUUUGCAGCCCAGCUCCCAGAGUGGAAUCAAUUCUCUGACCAGACCAGGGACAGACAGGGAUUGUGUCUGACCUAAAGCAUGCCUGGUGGCAAUGGCUGGAAACUAACCCCAAUGCUCUGUUUCUCUGUGUCUCAAUUAUGCCUCUUAUGGCCUAGUAAACCAGCCAGAGGCAAAAUACCAACUGGUGUGUUCAAAUACUUGUCAAUAUUAGUGUUUCAGUGUUACAAUAGUUGCAUUUCAAUAAUACUAUUCAGUACAAUAACAUACAAACUGUUGUGCUAUUGGCUUUGUCAAUGAUUCCAGUGCAGCAAUAAAGAUUCUGCCUGGGCAGAAAGGUUCAUACAGUAACUCACAUUGUGUAUGUUCCCCAUUCCAUCAGUUUUCUCUUUCUUAGUGUUCAUCAUUCUGGUCUGUGACUGACUACUGCUGCUGCUGCUAAUCUGACAUUGUUUGACCUUGUUUGUGACUUGCUUCAUAUGGCAUUGACCUUGUUACUUCCACCUCAGCAGUUUGGCUGCCUGUUUGUGCCUGUUUUUCACACA